AUGGCUUCCAGAUCAGAGGAGGAUCUCUGCUGUCCGGUCUGUCAGGAGGUCUUCAGAGAUCCUGUUCUUCUGUCAUGCAGCCACAGCUUCUGUAAAGUCUGUCUGAAGAACUGGUGGAGACAGAAUCCAUUACACCAGUGUCCAGUUUGUAAGAGAAGAUCUUCAAGAGAUGAUCCACCUUUAAACUUGGUGCUGAGGAACCUGUGUGAGUCCUUCUUACAGGAGAGAGAUCAGAGAUCUCCAGAGGCUCUCUGCAGUCUGCACUCUGAGAAACUCAGACUCUUCUGUCUGGAACAUCAGCAGCCAGUGUGUGUCGUCUGCAGAGAUUCAGAAAAACACUCCAACCACAGAUUCAGACCCAUCGAUGAAGCUGCACCACAGCACAAGAAGAACCUUCAGGAAACUCUGGAGCCCUUAAAGGAGAAGUUAAAGGUUUAUGAAGAAGUUAAAGUGAAGUGUGAUGAAACAGAGAAACACAUCAAGGUCCAGGCCCGAGACACAGAGAGGCAGAUUAAGGAGCAGUUCAAGAAGCUUCACCAGUUUCUAGCAGAGGAAGAGGAGGCCAGGAUGGCUGCACUGAGGGAGGAAGAGGUGCAGAAGAGUCAGAUGAUGAAGGAGAAGAUGGAGGCUCUGAGCAGAGAGAUAGCAGCUCUUUCAGACACAGUCAGAGCCACAGAGGAGGAGCUGAGAGCUGAAGACGUCUCAUUCCUCAACAACUACAAGGCUGCAGUGGAAAGAGUCCAGCGCUGCCCCCUGCUGGAUGCUCCACAGCUGCCCUCAGGAGCUGUGAUAGACCAGGCCAAACAUCUGGGCAACCUGGCCUUCAACAUCUGGAACAACAUGAAGGACCUGGUCUCCUACACUCCUGUCAUUCUGGAUCCAAACACUGCUCAUCCAGAUCUGAUCCUGUCUGAAGAUACCCUCAACAUCCUGUUACUUCUAGACCUCAACGCAGCCUUUGACACUGUGAACCACCCCAUCCUCCUUCAAAGGCUGCGCCAUCUCGAUGUUGAGGGCACUGCACUCGACUGGCUCACCUCCUACCUCACUAACAGGCAACAGUUCGUCUCCCUCUCUGGCCACACCUCCUCCCUCUCUCCAGUCAAUCAGGGGGUCCCUCAAGGCUGUCCUCUGACCCCUCCUCUUCAUCUGCUACCUCUUCCCCCUUGGCACCAAAUCCACCCUCAACAAUAUCAGAGCCAUCUCACUCACCAUCGACACCUCGACCAUCACUCCCUCCCCCCGGUACGCAAUCUCGGUGUCAUCCUGGACCCCACCCUCUCCUUUGAUCCUUAUGUCUGCUCCGUCGUCAAGACCUCCUACUUCCACCUCCGCCGCAUCGCACAUUCAAGUCCCAUGGCUUCCAGAUCAGAGGAGGGUUUCUGCUGUCCGGUCUGUAAAGAGGUCUUCAGAGAUCCUGUUCUUCUGUCAUGUAGCCACAGCUUCUGUAAAGUCUGUCUGAAGAACUGGUGGAGACAGAAUCCAUUACACCAGUGUCCAGUUUGUAAGAAAAGAUCUUCAAGAGAUGAUCCACCUUUAAACUUGGCGUUGAGGAACUUGUGUGAGUCCUUCUUACAGGAGAGAGAUCAGAGAUCUCAAGAGGCUCUCUGCAGUCUGCACUCUGAGAAACUCAGACUCUUCUGUCUGGACCAUCAGCAGCCAGUGUGUCUCGUCUGCAGAGAUUCAGAAAAACACUCCAACCACAGAUUCAGACCCAUCGAUGAAGCUGCACGACAGCACAAAAAGAACCUUCAGGAAACUCUGGAGCCCUUAAAGGAGAAGUUAAAGGUUUAUGAACGAGUUAAAGUGAAGUUUGAUGCAACAGAAAAACACAUCAAGGUCCAGGCCCAACACACAGAGAGGCAGAUUAAGGAGCAGUUCAAGAAGCUUCACCAGUUUCUAGCAGAGGAAGAGGAGGCCAGGAUGGCUGCACUGAGGGAGGAAGAGGAGCAGAAGAGUCAGAUGAUGAAGGAGAAGAUGGAGGCUCUGAGCAGAGAGAUAGCAGCUCUUUCAGACACAGUCAGAGCCACAGAGGAGGAGCUGAGAGCUGAAGACGUCUCAUUCCUCAACAACUACAAGGCUGCAGUGGAAAGAGUCCAGCGCUGCCCCCUGCUGGAUGAUCCACAGCUGCCCUCAGGAGCUCUGAUAGACCAGGCCAAACAUCUGGGCAACCUGGCCUUCAACAUCUGGAACAACAUGAAGGACCUGGUCUCCUACACUCCUGUCAUUCUGGAUCCAAACACUGCUCAUCCAACACUGAUCCUCUCUGAAGAUCUGACCAGUGUAAGCGGAGGAGAUGACCGACAACUUCCUGAUAAUCCAGAGAGGUUUGAUCGUUACUGGUCUGUCCUGGGCUCUGAGGGCUUUAACUCAGGGACUCACAGCUGGGAUGUUGAGGUUGGAGAUAACACAGGAUGGUUACUGGGUGUGUCAGCAGAGUCUGUCCAGCGGAAGAGAGACAUAGAGUCUGGAUUGUGGGGAAUCAUCUUCAGUGAAGAUAAAUACUCAACAUAUUCACCAUCAGCUCUUCCCACUGUUCUCCCAAUAGAGAAGAAGCUCCAGAGGAUCAGAGUGAAUCUGGACUGGAACAGAGGAAAUCUGUCCUUCUCUGAACUUGAUACUAACACACACAUACACACCAUCACACACACUUUCACUGAGAGGAUGUUUCCAUUCAUUGGAACUGAGGAUAAACUCCCAGUGAAGAUUUUACUAACGAAACACAUCAGUUAGAGAUAAACAGGAUGAGCCUGCUUAUGGUGUUUUUUUCUUACAGUGAAAACUCUGAAUUUUAAAAGAACCUGUCCUCCUGUUGUCUCGUUAUUAUUAAGCUGUGUUUGUGAGGUGUGUGUUAAAAUCAUUUAAUUGUUUCUACAAAUGUGUUUAUUCAGCAAAGUAAGAAAAAAUUCCUUUCAUGCUCAUCAAAAAUAUGCAAAAUAAUCUUCCUGUUCAUGUGGUUUUAUUGCAUUUAGUCAGAGGACUAGUUGUUUUAAUUAAGGUGGUAGUGUCAGGUGGUGUUGAUUUGGGUUCAGACUUGAUGUAAAGAAAUGAAAAGCUGCCAGAUGAUCCAGAUGUGACUGAUCUGAUGACGGGAGCUGUAUUUCUUGUAACCUGUGACCUGCUCGCACUCUGUUCAUCUACUUUCUGGUAACGCUUUGUGGAAGACAAUAAAAAGGGAGAAGUG